AUGUUGUUGAUCAGCGAGUUUUUAGUAGCUCUGCUCAUCUCUCUCUUUGUUGGGCAAUUUCUGAAACUGAAGUGGGCAUGUAGCCGGCUUCCUCCUGGACCAACUCCCCUCCCCCUCAUCGGCACCGUGUGGCAGAUGGAUUUCAAACGCCAGCACGAGCUUCUCAUUAAGUUGGCACAGAUUUACGGUAACAUCUUCACCCUGUGGGUUGGACACGUUCCUGUCAUCAUACUGAACGGAUUCACAGCCGUGAAGGAUGGCCUGACUGUCCACUCUGAAGACGUCUCUGGCCGGCCAGCAACUCCUUUUCUUCAGAAAACGGCCAGAGGAAAGGGUAUUAUUUUCACAAGUGGUCACACCUGGAAGCAGCAGAGACGCUUCGGGCUGAUGACCCUGCGGAACCUGGGACUGGGCAAGAAAGGCCUAGAGCACCGAAUCCAAGAGGAGGCCCGUCAGCUGCUGGAGUACUUUAUGAAUGAGAGAGGAGAACCCCUGGAUCCUUCUUUCCCCAUCGUCCAUUCAGUCUCAAACGUGAUUGCGGCGGUGGUGUUUGGACAUCGUUUUUCCAUUGAGGACAAAUAUUUCCACCAGCUGAUUGAAAACAAUGAUUACUUGGUCAAACAAGGGAAUGGCCUCAGUGAGCUGCUGUAUGAUGUUUUCCCCUGGCUCAUGGAUCAUCUCCCAGGCUCUCACCAGAAGAUAUUCUAUUGCCAAGAGUUUCUCCGGUCUUUUGCAAGGAAGGAGGUCAGGAGCCACCAAGAGCGUGGGUCACCAGACGAACCACAGGAUUUCAUUGAUUUCUACCUGGCUCAGAUAGACAAGAGCAAAGCUGACCCUCAUUCGACCUUUGAUGAAGACAACCUGGUCCAGACUAUUUUCGAACUUUUCUUGGCAGGCACAGAAACCACAACUACCACCAUGCGCUGGGCAGUGCUUAAUAUGGUGGCUUACCCAGACAUCCAAGAGAGAGUCCAGAAGGAGCUGGACACUGUGCUGGGUCCCUCUCGAUUAAUCUGCUACGAGGAUCGGAAGAACCUGCCCUACACCAAUGCCGUGAUCCAUGAGAUUCAGCGCCGCAGCAGCAUCAUUGCAGUGGGAGUUCCCAGAGAAUGUGUAAAAGACACAAUGCUGCAGGGCUUUCCCGUUGAGAAGGGCACCAUUAUUCUCCCAAACUUAACCUCUGCCUUGCUCGACCCAGAACAAUGGGAGACACCUCGGCAGUUCAACCCAAAUCACUUCCUGGAUCAGGAUGGAAAUUUUGUGAAGAAAGAAGCUUUCUUACCAUUCUCAGCAGGGCACCGUGUGUGUUUGGGGGAGCAGCUGGCAAGGACUGAGCUCUUCAUCUUUUUCACCAACCUGCUGCGGGCGUUCACAUUCAGGUUGCCGGAGGGAGUGAAGGAAAUCAGCACCGAGUUUGUGCUGGGGGGUACAUUGCAGCCUCAUCCCUAUAAGAUCUGUGCUAUUCCUCGCUAG